AUGGCAGAGCCUGAGCCCAAGGCUCCGGGCCCCUCUCCACGCGACCGCGACAAGCUUCAGCCAACAGGUGAUACCACCUGGGAUUGCUAUGCCACCACGAUGAAGACUGCAUUCACGCCUAAAACAGGAGCAGUGCCUGCUUUAAUUCGUCAGAACGGUAUCAGAAGAUUAGGAUACACAUAUUCACUUAGUGAUCCUAUUCCCAAUCAGACAGAGUACAAUGACGAGUAUGUUUGGAAACCACAUUCUAAAGAAGAUUUGACCAAAAUUGGGACUUCAGGAGGAGUCAGGAGCCACAAAUCUCACCCCAAUCAAGACUCUUUUCGAUGGACACUACCUCAAGGUCAAUCAAAAGCAACACAGAGCUGCCUCCCUUGGAAAAUUCCUGCCCCCAUGGAAGAAGUCAAGAAGGCAAUAUCAAAUCAGUUUAUUUCCUGUACUAAGAGAGACUUUGUGGACAUAGCAAAAGCUCAGAAGAUUAAGAAAAGUUCUCAGGUGUCUCUGGAAUGGAAAAAGUUACUUCACCGGCCUUUAGACACUGAAUUUCGACAGAAUUACCAAAUUCCAGCUAAAAUUCCUGAGUGUCAGGAUUUUAGUUUCAAAUAUGGAUGCUACUCAAGCCUGCCAAUUGCUGCUCAGGGUCUCGUGCCGUCUGUGCUGCACAGCUACAUGAGAAAUCAAGAACGGACAAAGAAGCAGACCACGUACCAAAGUGACUAUGGGAAAGCCUACCUGGAUUUCUUAAUGAUUUUAAACUCAUUUACUCCCACUCAAAUCAAGGAGUACCUUGAUAGUGUUUCCUACAAAGACAGACAAAUUAUUGAUCGCUUUAUUCGUUCUCACUGUGACACCGACAAGGGAAGAAAUGAAAAAGGAAAAUAG